CCCACCCCACCCCAACUCCUUCCCCUCCUUCCCAGCCCCACACCUUUCCUGUGUCACAGGUUAGCCACACUUGGGCACCAUGGACUGUGUAUCCUUGACUAUUGAUGUCGACAAAACGAACUCGCCCCAUCUGACACCGUAUGUGUACUCGCCUUCGGUAGGAACAUGGGUUCCCGUUGUCCUGCCCAAGCCGCUGAGAUCAGGGCUAGAAUCGGUUUCGGAUGAGUUUGCCCCGUCAUCACCGCGGUCGGGUGCCAUGCCGUCGACGCCGAGAACAACUCUGGCUCAGCUACCGUACAGACGGAGACAACGCACUGUGUCGAACCCGGCCCAGCCGUCAGCGCUGGUGCGGGACUCGUCGCUCGCCCACGGCCGCUCGCCACUCUCGCACAAGGCGCCCGGCUCGCCCGGCUCAUCAUCUCAGCCAUCGUCGCCGACCACGAGCCAGCCCGAUGACAUGGCAUCGUCCGCGCCGAUGCCCGGCAUCGCAGCGGCGGCAGCUGUCCGCGCUGUUGCUGCCGCUGCCGCGGUCGCUGCCGCCGACGACGAGGCUGCUGCCGCCGCUACCGCUGCCGAUGACUCUCCGGCGGCCGCGUCGACGAGCACUCACCCGAACCCGUCGCGGUACGUGCCGCCGCGGUCGCCGUCGUCGCUUCUCGAGGUCCUCGACGAGCCGGCCUCGCCGAUCUCGCCGGUCUUCCCGUCGACGCCGUCGGCAGCGUCGUCAACCUCAUCGCUGGCGUCGGCCUCAAGCAUGUCGGACGUGUCGCAGCGUAGCGGGCUGGCCGAGGGCGAGGAGACGCCUUUCCGCGGGCGGGUGGCCGACGUCGAGGACGAGCUUGUGGUCCUCUCGUGGAACAUCUGGUUCGGCGACGUCGCCGUCCUCUCGCGGCUACAGGCCAUCGGGCGCAUCGUCGACGAGGCGCGCCCCGACAUUGUGGCAUUGCAAGAAGUGACGCCACCAGUCCUGGCCUACCUGCUCCAGCAAAAGUGGACAAGGCGGUUCUACGUUUCAGACGGAACCGGAAACUCGCUCCACCACUACGGCGUUGUUCUCUUCUCCGUUUAUCCCAUGACCUCGCUCGAGAUCUACGAGCUGCGCUCUCGGCUUCACCGGCGGGCCAUCUUUGCCACCUAUCUGCUGCCGUCGGGCGCCACUCUCUGCGUCUCGACCUCGCAUCUUGAGAGCUACCCCAACGACACCAAGCUCCGCGCCGCUCAGCUGGCCCACAUCUUUGGCCGCAUCUCCAAGGCCACAUACUCGCUGUUUAUGGGCGACACCAACAUGCAGCACCCGGACGAAGACGCUCUCAUCGACAAGUAUCCCUUUGCCGACGCCUGGCCCACCCUCUGGCCCGAUAAUCCCGGCUACACCGUCGACGCAAAGUCGUCUGCCAUGGCCGGCAAGCCCGUCCACUCGCGCACUCUCCGUCUCGAUCGCAUCUUCAGCUCGGAAGGCCUCCAUCCGGUCUCCAUGACCCGCCUCGGCACCUCGCCCAUUCCCAUUGUUAAGCAGGAAGGGUUCUGCCUCGAGAAGAAGAUCCCCGACGACGUCGACAUUUAUCCGUCAGACCACUACGGCAUCCUCGCUGUCCUCGCCCUCGCGCCCAUUGCGCUCUCGCGCUCGGCCUCCAUCGGCUCGCGCCCGCGCUUUACGCUCGCUCCCACCCGCGUCCUCGCGCCCUCGCUUUCGUCGCCCUCUCUCGCCGCAACCUCGGUCACAGAGCUCACCGUUGAGUUUGAUCUCAUGGCACUCUCGCCCUUCAUCGUCGAUAACCCGCCGGACUCGGACAAUGCCGAACCGGCGGCUCAAUCGCCGCCGGGCCCGCUGCUCUCGGCUCCGCCAACCAUCGGCCUCUCGCUUGGCUUCUCGCUCGGUGGCUCCGCAUCGUCCAGCGCCGACUCGGAGGACGACACCGGGCUCGCCCUCUCGGCCGACGACUCGCGCUACCACAUGGAGCCACUCGAGACGCCAGCCGCCACAGAGUCGUCGCUAUUUGGCUGACUCGACACGUCACCGAGACUCGUCCAACUCGCCGAUGAGGAACUGGGCCAUCUCCUCAACCGCCUCGUCAGAGUGGUCCGCAUCGUCAAAUCCCUCGGUGGCGUCGUAGCCGGCAUCAUCGGCAAUGAUGUCGCCACCAGGGUGCUCGUAAACAUACGACGUCACGUCA